CCUUCCACCCCUAUACAAGUUUUUUAUUAUUUUGUUGUCUUUUAUUAUUCCCACUGGACAAAAGAAUAAGAAAGAAUAGAUAAACUUGAAGCAUAAAGAAAACAUGACUGUGCAUAGAAGAGGAGGUCGACCCAGUACAAGUGUGAGCAAACGGAAACGACCACAACAACGCAGAAGAUCUGCAUCCACUUCUGAUGAAAAUAGUUCGGAUUCUGGCUCCAUUACUCGUUGUAUUUGUGGAGAAACUCACAAUUUAGGCCUUAUGGUUCAAUGCGAUAAAUGUGAAGUGUGGCAACAUUGUCGUUGUAUGGGUCUUGAACAACCCGAUAUACCAGACCAAUAUUACUGUGAACAGUGUAAGCCUGAAAACCACAAGACAACUCGUCUCUCGAAUGGAAGAUUAAAGCGAUAUUAUAAUGCACUUGGAGCGACUGUAGCACCAAAGAAACGAAUGACAUUAAAUAGUAGAGAGGCGUCUAUGUCACUGGAAGACGUUUUAGCUGCUCGAAGUGCCUUGGAAAUGUAUGAACAUCAUGAACCCUCCCAUUCUCCACCUCCUAUUAUCCCAGAGGAAGAAGAGGAACAUGAAGAGAAAGUGAUUGUGGAAGAGGAACGACCCGCACCACCUUCUUCUAAUGUGUCGUCGGUUGGACACGAUGAAUUACCCUGUACAGACUUAAUUGUACCAAUAACACGAAAGAAAGUCUACAAGAAACGACAAAAGGCUAAUGAAAGUAUACAAGGAACAGCAGUAGAAAAGGAAAGCGGAGAGAAAAAACGAACAUAUAAUCGAACGGCCAAACCAAAAAAGACACAUAAAGCGAGAUCACGUACAGGUACACCACAACCAGCAGAACAUACAACGUCAUUACCACCACCUUCAGAUGAAGAAGUUACACCCAAUGGAGAUACGAUUGCCACCAUGUUAUUCGAAUAUUUUUCACCCAAAAGUCGUGCUUCUUCACCACCGGCCAAGUGUCGUCAACCUAGCUCUCGCAUGAGUAUUUUGGAGAUGAACAGAAGAGCCAGUCAGAUCCUGGAAUAUAUCAGCUCGAUUCAAGUCGAAAUGGCAACUUUACAUGCUGGUCAUGCCAAAGAAGAAGAAGAGGACGAUGAUAAUGAUUCGCUAAGUAGUGCCAGUACGCUUCCGUUGGAAGAGACCAAGCAUGAGAAUCAGACUUCGAUGGAAAUUAUGGAUAUUUUGACCAGAAAACUCAUACAAUUUCAAAGAAGGUUUGGAUCAAGAAAUAGAGCCUUGUAUGAAGAAGCCAUGAUUGAAGGUGAAGGUCGAAUCACUCGUAGUCGGGAAGCAAGUGGUAAUGCAAACACCUAUCGCAACAUGAUUGCUCACUGAUACACCUUAUUCCCCACACACACACACACACACUCACACUCACACAUCCUUUUUCACCCAACCUCCUUGUACAUUCUCUCUUUACUGUAAA